GGUUUAGAAGCCAGGAAACCAGGCUCUGACCUCGAAUUCCUUGAGUUUGGUCAGCCAACUGUUUGACAAAAAUGCCUCAACCAACUCAAACCCACCUCUUCCCCAUGCUUUCUCUCUCUAUAUUUUCUCAAUCUAGAAGUAGCUUACGAUUCCUCUGUUUUGAUGACUUAUUAGCUGAUCUUUGGCUUUACUCCAUUCCAAGUUUCCUUGUCAAAUUCAAAAAAGUUGAGCUUACACUUUCUUACUAUAGAGGUCGAGGCUUCAUCUGUACUGAUCAUUUACUUGUAGAGCUUGGAUUUCCUCCAUUCUAAUUCACUGUUUAAUUUGAAAAGGCUUGAAUUUACAGUAACCCAAGAACCAGAUGCUUUGUACCUGAGUUGUAGGCGCAUCCAUAUGCUCAAAAUUUUUGGUUUUGAAUUCUUAAGCUUGUUAAGCUUGUUUUAAGUAUUCGAAUUCCCAUUGGGGUACUUUUUGGGGUUCAAAUUCUGAUCUAUGUGAAGCUCUUGUGAACUUUUUGUCAUGAGUUUUUGCUGAUUCUCGAAUUGCGUUACAGUCUAGUUGUUGUGGUUAUUGAAGGUUGGCAUGGGUUCUCCAAGCCCAAAAUACACUUCUUUGGGUUCGACCCCUCUCUUUACUCCAAUUGUUGGGGAAUUACUGAAGAAAAGGAUACAGGCUUGGAGCAUUGAGACUGGUUUACCAGCAACAGUCAGAGUGUGCAUUGGAGAUAAAACUUAUAAUCUACACAAGCACCAACUUAUGGCAAAAAGUGGAUACUUUAGAAGUGCACUCUCAGUCUCACAUGAGGCGGAGUUACCAAAGCAAUUCCCUGGAGGACCACAAGCUUUUGAAAUGGUUGCUCUCUUCUGCUACGGCUCUGUUCUUUUAUCCAUGGAUCCUUUUAAUGUUGCAACUCUUCGAUGUGCUGCUGAAUUCCUAGAGAUGCAUGAGGAUUACAGUGCAGGAAACCUAUGUGAAAGGUCUGAUCUCUAUCUUAACCAAGUGGUUUUACAGAGAUGGGAGGAUACUCUGAUUGUUCUCCAAAAAUCUCAAAUCCUCCUUCCUUGGGCUGAAGAUCUCUUAAUGGUGAGUCGAUGUAUUGAAUCUCUUGCUUUCAUGGCUUGCAUGGAGGUUCUAGACCCUGAGCAAAGAGGAAAACCGGUACCCAAUUUGCAGGCAUUGGCAAACCAGCCAUGGAACUCCGAAACUGUGAGGGAAAUUGCAGGUAAGGAGCUAUGGAUCAAGGAUUUGAUUGCUCUUCCUUUUGGGAUUUUUGAAAGGAUUAUUGGUUCCAUGAGAAGACAAGGAAUGGAAGAGAAAUUUGUAAGCCCCAUCAUUGUUUUCUAUGCUAACAAAUGGGUUCUUUCAAGGAAGACCCACUUGUAUUUGGAGACUAUGAGUGAAAACAAUGGAAUUCAACAUGAAAAUAGCAUGAUUACAGUUAUAUUAGAUGGACUAAUAGAUUUGCUACCUCUUGGAAAGAAGACUGGUAGAGUAAUUCCCGUAGGGUUUCUGUUCUCCCUGCUUUCAAAGGCUCUAAAUCUUGAUCUAAGCAGUGGAAGAAAAGAGAAGCUCAAGGCUCAGAUUACCUCACUGUUACAUUUUGCACAAAAAGAAGAUGUUUUCCUACCUCCAAAAAGUGUGGAGUCCAUUACCUCAAGCCAUGAGUUUGAAACAAUUGUGGAUAUCUUUUCAAAUUUUGCAUCAUUAUAUGCACAUGUCAAUUCUCAUGGUACAUCCAUAGUUGCUGAUCUUUGGGAUAAAUUUCUUACCCAAGUUGCCCCUGAUCCUUACCUAGGCCCCAGUCGAUUCAUGGAUCUUUUGGAGAUUGUGCCUAUUUCAGCUCGAGAGACACAUGAUCAUCUCUACACAGUGAUUAACACAUUUUUAUCGUCGCACCCUGAUGCAUCUCAGCAUGAGAAGAUAUGUGUGUGCAGACACCUCAACUGUGAAAAACUAUCUCAAGAGACAUGCAUUCAAGCUGUUAGAAAUGAGUUCAUGCCUUUACGACUGAUCAUCCAAGCUCUCUUUGCUCAACAGCUCAAAAACCAUCGGGUAUUUAAGGAUUGCUCUGAUUCUUUUCGAUACAUCUCUCAUUCCUCUGAAUUCUCUGGAAGCCAAUUGGGGCAGAUAUAUCAAAAGCCCAAUAACCAAAGGGAUAGCCCUUACAAACCAUCAGAAAAUGGGAUAGAGGGAGAAGAUGAAGGCAUUGACGGUGCACCUUUGGGUUCUCUUUUAGAAAGGGAGAUGAUCAAGGAUCAAUCAGAGUCCAUGAGACGAGAGUACGAAUCAACAAGUUUUAGAGUUCAAAAGUUGGAAGAGGAGAUUAUGUCCCUGAAAACAAAGCUUCAAUGGAGGAACCCAACAAAAGAGUCUGUUUGUUUGGAUGAGUCUAGAAGGGUGGGUAAGCCAUUAGGCCAUGUGAGUAGUUGCAUUGGUUCCAUGAGUUGGGUAUCUCAUAGGAAAUAUGCUAAUAGGCUUUUGAAGGUGUUUUAUAAGAUACGCGCGCUUGGAUGGGGCAAAUCAAAGAGAAAGCAAGCAGCUUCUACCCCAAAUCCUUGUCAUACGCUUAACCCCAUACAUGAUAUUUAUGACUGCUGAUGCACAUGUAUGAGAUGGAAGCUCUUUGGCCCAAGUCCUUGUCAUUUGCUUCAUUCCAUCCACUAUGUAUUAAGAUGGAAGCUUUUUGUUUGGGAUGUACAUCUUUCAACAGACCAUUUCAUGCCUAUAGCUUUUGUCGUCACUAUCUCAUGUAUCUACUGAUGCAUUUGUU